UGAGAAGGGGACUUCGCUCUACAGCGCCGGCGAUGCGAGGCAGGAAAUGAACUCCGAAAAGAACGCUUUCUCUCUCGAAGUGCUGCGACAGAAUUGAACGCUGGGCUUUUCUGGGGUCUGAAAUCCCUCCCCGAAGACACGGCGGCAAGGACUAUGAAAAUCACCCGAGAGAUGCCGGUACUUUUAAAGAGACUUAAAGCAAAUGACAGCGUAAUAUCUGAAUGACCUUGGAGAUCGUUUCGUGUGGAUUCAUUUAUUUUCACUGCCAGUCUUCUAGUCUCAGGAACUCUAGGAUCAAAGAUGGUUUUAACGUUUUAGGGGCCUUUCAAAAAACGAGAUUGUAUACAUUUAAUUACCUGCCUAAUGAUUCCUGAACUAAUCAAGCAUUUACUUAGAACUGAACACAGAAGAUCCUUUCUCUUAACGUUUGCUCUCUCCUGUGACUGUGACUAAAAUGAACAAGAUAAUGUCCUGCAAUUAGAAGAGCAUUUCUUUUAAAGCAACUAUUUAUCAUGCUGAUCAUCUAAUAAAUACAGGAACCCUAAACCCCUGAGAAGAUGAAGCUGAAUAACAGGGUAAUGGAGUAGUAAACAAUGGCAGCUUUUCUAGUCAAAUCAGCAUUUCAUUAGCUUCCCAGCAGAAUGCAGAUGGAAGUUUCUGAGCUCCUUGUGUGGGGGUUUGUGAAAUGAUUCAGGUGUUGCUACAGAGCCAAGGUGUGCCAGAGGUGAUGCACUGAUGCUGAGGAGGCAUCAACAGCUAUGGGACUGUAACCCCGUCCCCUGUAAGCACUGGCAGUGUCUGCAAAGAGAGAUCUGGAGGCGCUGGAGCAGAGUUUAGCUGCUGUUCAGCAGGUCACCUGCUCGCUCAGGCUCAGAUUGCAGUGUUCCCUAAGCACAAAGCAUGAACCAGUCCCGAUGGAUUGAAUGGAGGACUCUGAAUAUGAGCAGUAGUGUUAUGAACAUAUCUGAGCACCUCUCCUGCCCUCUUGGAUUCGGUCACUACAAUGCAGUUGACGUCUGUAUCCUUGAGACAGUCGUUAUUGUCCUGCUCACGUUUUUAAUCAUUGCGGGUAACUUAACCGUGAUAUUUGUUUUCCACUGUGCUCCACUCCUGCAUCAUUACACCACCAGCUAUUUUAUUCAGACCAUGGCCUAUGCCGAUCUCUUUGUUGGAGUCAGCUGCUUGGUUCCUACUCUGUCGCUGCUCCACUACCCGACAGGUGUCCACGAGUCCCUGACCUGUCAAGUUUUCGGAUAUAUCAUCUCUGUGCUCAAAAGCGUGUCCAUGGCAUGUCUCGCUUGCAUCAGUGUGGAUCGCUAUCUCGCUAUAACCAAGCCUCUCUCCUAUAACCAGCUGGUCACCCCUUGUCGCUUGAGAAUCUGCAUCAGUUUGAUCUGGAUAUACUCUUGCCUGAUCUUCUUGCCUUCCUUUUUCGGUUGGGGGAAACCUGGUUACCACGGAGAUAUUUUUGAAUGGUGUGCUACCUCCUGGCUAACUAACGCCUAUUUCACUGGCUUUAUCGUGUGCUUACUCUACGCUCCCGCUGCCUUCGUCAUCUGCUUCACCUACUUCCACAUCUUCAAGAUCUGCCGGCAGCACACCAAAGAGAUAAACGACCGCAGAGCUCGCUUCCCCAGCCACGAGGUGGACGCUGCCGGGGACGCGGGGCACGGCCCCGACCGCCGCUACGCCAUGGUUUUGUUUCGGAUAACCAGCGUGUUCUACGUGCUGUGGCUGCCCUAUAUCAUUUACUUCCUGCUGGAGAGCUCCAGGGUGCUGGACAACCCCGCGCUCUCCUUCCUAACCACGUGGCUUGCUAUAAGCAAUAGUUUCUGCAACUGUGUCAUCUACAGCCUCUCCAACAGCGUGUUCAGGCUGGGGCUGCGGAGGCUGUCGGAGACGAUAUGCUCCUCCUGCACGUGUUUGAAAGACAGGGACGUGCGGGACCCCAAGCCGAGGAAACGGGCCAACUCCUGCUCCAUUUAGGGACGAGU